AUGACGCAGGCUGAUAUACUGAAGAAGGCAAUCGAGUUGUCGGAGUUGUUUGAAGCAGCCAAGAAAGCAGCAGAUGCAGCCAACACGAAGGGCAUUCUCUUGGGCCGAUCAGAUUCUUCUAGCUGCGUUGAUUUUUUAUCAAGGCUCAAGACCAUUCCUGUCAAUUGGGAAGUUAUAGAGGCCCAUGGAAUGGAACGGAGACUGGAGCACCUCACCAAGCACAAGGACCGGAAGAUUUGCUCUUCUGCCACUGCCCUUCUUCAACACUGGAGGCAGAGUUCCGGACGUCAAGAACGCCGAGUUUCUACCACCAAGAUGAGCUCCUACAGCCCCAAUUUCGUUGAGGUGGUCUAGUCGGAACCAGCAA